AUGGCACCGGCCCGUACCCGCUCUCGUGGAACCAUGAAUGAGAACGACGAAAACGGUCCUUCGACGCGUCUGACGCGGGCUAAGGCUGCUCUGGGCACCGAUGGCCCUGCCGAUGCAAUUAAGAAGCCUAUCCAGCAAGCCAAGCGUGCCACGUCAACCACGAAUGGAACUACGCGUCGUCGUGCCGCUCUGGGGGAUGUCAGUAACGUCAACAAUGGCGAUGAGAUCAAGGAUGGUAAGAAGGCCAUCGCUGGUAAGGCCGGCCUUGCUUCCAAGGCUACAAUACAGUCUGGCGCCAUUCAGAAGCUUAACAACCACGGCAACACAACACGGGCUGCGCCUCCCAAGCCUCGCAGCGGAAGUACAAAGAAGGCGAUCCCCAAACGCCCUCAGCCCCCAAUUAAAGAACCUGAGCAAGAGCCCCCUCUCAAGCGACACAACAUCCAGAAGCAGGGAGUGAUCACAAAGAAAGAAGAGCCCAUCGCCAAGGAAGACCCUGUCAAGAAUAAGGGCAAGGUUGAGGAUUCUGGGGAGCAAGAAUGGGAUAAUCUCGAUGAGGAGGACCUGGACGAUCCAUUGAUGGCUGCCGAAUAUGUCGUCGAAAUCUUCGAGUACCUGCAACAGCUUGAGCUCUCGACCCUUCCUAACCCCCAGUACAUUGACCAUCAACCGGAUCUGGAGUGGAAGAUGCGUGGCAUCCUUGUUGACUGGUUGAUUGAAGUUCACACCCGUUUCCGUCUGCUUCCCGAGACUCUGUUCCUCGCUGUUAACAUCAUCGACCGCUUCCUGUCCGCUGAGCAAGUUGCACUGGAUCGUCUGCAGCUUGUUGGUGUCACUGCCAUGUUUAUCGCUUCCAAUCACGUCGCCGAUGAGACCUUCACCGACAAGGAGAUUCUCGAUGCCGAGCGACACGUCCUUGCUAUCCUCGGCUACAACAUGAGCUUCCCCAACCCCAUGAACUUCCUCCGUCGCAUUUCCAAGGCCGACAACUACGACAUCCAGACUCGCACCUUGGGCAAGUACCUGAUGGAGAUCAGUCUUCUCGACCACCGCUUCAUGAGCUACCCCCAGAGUCAGAUCGCUGCUGCCGCCAUGUACCUUGCACGUCUGAUCCUGGAGCGCGGCCCCUGGGAUGCCACUUUGGCUCACUACGCUGGUUACACCGAGGAGGAGAUUGACCCCGUUUUCCGUUUGAUGAUCGAUUAUCUCCACCGCCCUGUGUCCCACGAAGCCUUCUUCAAGAAGUACGCUAGCAAGAAGUUCAUGAAGGCUUCCAUCUUGACCCGUCAAUGGGCCAAGAAGUAUCACCACAUGUACAUCGACAGCUCUCUGGCGGAGCCCUACACUUAUCUCAAGGAUAGCGAACAGUAA